CCGUAUAUCCUUUACGUUGUUGCCCAUGUCAUUGCCAGUGAAAGUUGAAAGUUAGAAUGCUUUUUGUUGUCGUUAGAUCUGUCUUACCACUGUACUGCAUUCACCGAUGGCUCCAUCAACCCAGUUCAUGGAAUGCCUUUGGCUGCGGACAUCACUCUCCGCAGCAGGCUACACUUUGCUAGUCUAUGAUUAUCUUCUAUCUUUCAAAUAUGAAGUCUUCUACAUCUGGAACGCCCCCUGGACGGUCCUUAAAGUCUUGUUUCUUUUCAACCGAUAUGGAAACCUUAUUGGGCAGACUGCCAUCCAGUUGGAAGAGGCCGGUCUCCUGGUACAUGGUUCUCAAGUGUUCUGCCAACGCUUCGCAUUUUUCACCACUUGCUUUAUGUAUCUAUCCACAGAAUCGAUUCAUAUCGUUGUGCUCAUUCGAGCGUGGGCCAUCUGGGGAACUCGGAAGCGUGUGACAAUGAUCCUCAUAGGGAGCUACACGUUAUACAUUGUGAUGCUGUUGGUCAGCUCAGCAAGUGUUUUACACCUUAGUACAAUUCCGUAUCUGUACCUCGACGUGAUUCAUGUUUGCGUGGUGACAGUGCCAAAAUAUGUGUGGUUGGGUUAUAUCGGAAGCUUUAUUCUCGAUAUAAUACUCUUCGUCUUGACAAUGCGAAGUCUCUGGAAAUACUCUAGGGAAUUUCGGCAUCUGUACCCCUCUGAUCUCCUCCGUGUUCUCUUUCGAGACGCAAUCAUAUUUUUCCUUGUUAGUAUGUUCAGUAAUGCGUUUAUCGUCGCCUCCUGGACUGCAUUUCGGGGAGAUCCAAAAUAUUUCCUUGGUAAAGGGUUCGCGACUCCGUUACUUUCAGUGGCCGGUCAGCGCCUAGUCCUGAACCUCCGAGGACUCAAAACGCGUACCUACACAACCCGCGAUAUCAGCCGUGAAGUGGACCGGCAACUUCAAGCAUUUGCUGAAGCAGAGUCUCCAGGUGGGGACGACAUCGAAGAGACGGAACGUGUGCGAGAAUAGUGCUCUGUAUAAAAAUAUGUAGAAAUCGAUUGAACGUUGCUGACCUUUGUGCUCGCAUUUGUCUUUUCC